ACUCCCCACGGGGGCAGGAAUGGCCCCACUGGCCCAGCGGGAGUGCUGGGGGGGUCCCGCUGGGUGGGGUGGGGAGAUGCCCAGCCGCUGGGCCCUGGUCCUGCCCUGGCGCCCCUGGCUGGGAAGUGCUCCCUCCGGGACCCUGCGGCACCCAGGGGCAGCCUGUUUCUGGCCGCCUUCCCACCCUCGCCUUCCCCAGCCCAGCCUACGAGGGCCUGGGAAGCCCCUGCGGGUCCUAUCGCUUCCAGAGACCGGUGAGGGGCCAGGCCCACGAGCCCUGGUUUCUUCGUCUGUAAAUUGGGACUGUAACAUCCCUGCCACCAGGCUAUGGGAGGACGGGUGGGACUCCACAGGCAAGCGUGUCCAGGGCCUGCCUCAGGCCAGAUGGAAGCAGCCCACCCACCGCCCCCACCCAGCCCCCAGCCUGUCGCUCCAGCUCUCUGCUCUCUGACUGCGAGGCCGUAGGCCCUGGGGAUCUGCUUGUGCCCGGCUCUGUCACCAUCCCCCACCCCACUCCCCCACCCCCACCGGCCUUGACCUUGGCCAUCACCAUUCCCCACCUCUGCCCCGGAACAAGGGCUGCCCAGGCCUCCACACUGGCCUCCUGAGCAUUACGAGCCUCCGUUAGAGGCCCCUGGGUCGGCCUUAUCUGAAGGCCAAGAUUACAUGGGAAAGGGAACAGGCACCAGAGCAGAGCCCAGCGGAUAAAGCCUUCCCAGGGCCCAGAUCCGAAUCUCUUGCUCCACUCCUGCCCCCUAGUCUGCCCUGCCGCCCUGGUAGGCCUCCGUUUCCCCAUCUACAGCUGGAGGUAGGGCUGGGAGAUGGGGCGGGAGGCUGGGACACUGAGGCUUGGCCUGCCCGGCCCUGAGGGCUUUCCCACCGAGGGCUGUUGCAAACCUUGUUCAUCUGAAAACUGCGCACUUCCCUUUGUGCUAUUUUGGCCUGCGGCACCUCGGCCUGUGGCCACAGGCCGCCUCGCCUCCCCACCCCACCCAGCCCUGCCUGCCCCUUGGGGCCCUCCUGGGGCCCCUGGGCCUGCCUCUCCUGGGGGCUCAGCCUCCUCCCCCAAUCCUCAUCCUGCGCCCACCAGCUCGUGGGGUCUGGGUGGGAAAGCCCGGCCGGAGGGCGGAUCUGCUCAGUCUGGGGGCCUCUCUCUGAAAAAAUAUUUCAUGCUUCUUAAAAAUAGAAUUGUAAGAAAGGGGUAUGGGAGCGUGGCCUUUGGAGCCAGCCCUGCCUGAGCUGGGGUCCUGGUUCUGCUGACGGGCUCGCUGGGGGAACUCGGACAGAGUGUCUGCCUCUCUGGGCCUCCCUCUCCUCCUUUGGAUGAAGGGAGCUGGCAUCUCCCAAGUGACACUUGGCGCGUCUGUGACAACUGAGGGGCCGGGCCGGAUCCCAGCCCGCCCCGGGGUCCCGGCACGAUGGCCCCCAUGGGGCGGUGGAGGGGGGCUCAGGCCAGUGUGUCUGGGGGACCAGGCGGGACGGUUCUGGUAGGGUGACCCCGCACUAUUCACUGCAACACCCCCUGCCCCCAAAAGGCUGUGGCUGCCCCUUCCCAUUCCAUGGGGACCUUGAUGGUGGCGAGUCGUGGUUGUCAUCCAGCCGUGUCCCCCAAACUCCCACACUAGCACCUCCGAGCACCAUCUCGAUGCUGGGCCUCAUGUGACACACCUGAGGGAUGUGUCAUUAUUUCCCCUGUUGUAGAAAGGCUGCCAAAGGCCAGUGAGGCUGGGAUUCCACAGCAGAGGCAGACACACGCUGUGUUCUCGGGCUCCCCCCCCCUUCCCUCAGCCAGUGCCAGGGGGACGGGGGUGGGCCAGGAUGCCCCCCCACCCCGGCCUGACCGUGCUGCUUGUCCCCGGACAGCCGGGUCCAGGAAGCAAGAGGGCGCCCUGGUGGCCAGGAUGCCCUGUGGUCGAGGGUCCCCCUUCCCCAGGACGGCCACAGAGGUCAGCAGGCCAGGUCCUGGGCCUCCGCCGCCAGGCCGCAAGAGCACGAGUGAGUUCUCUAAACCAGCCGGCCAGAAAUAAGACCCUUAGCACGCUUCUCUUCCGGAAGCCUGGCCGGUGAGCCAGACUGUUUAUCAUCUGCCGAAAGUGCUUUGAGGAAGGCACUGCGUCGAUCCCCAUUUUGUAGAUGAGAAAACCGAGGCCAGGAGACAAACAGGCACAAGCUGGAGUCCUCCCUCCACGACCAGCCCUGCAGGACGAGUGGCUAGGAGCGGACAUGAACGUGGACGCCGAGCUGCUGUGGCCGGGGGCGGCCCUGCUGCUGCUUCUGGGGACGGUGGCCAGCCUGUGCGUGCGCUGCUCCCGCCCAGUGGUGAAGAAGUCGGAGAAGAUCUACGAGCAGAGGAGCCUCACAGCUCCGUGUGUUUCCAGGGAAGAGAAUGCACAGAACUUUGCGGUGGCCCGGACCUAUUCCUUGGUCAGGCAGGCCUGGCCAGGGCCCCUGCUGGACACAGCCUCUGACGUGGCACCAACAAGGAAGGACAAGCUUCUGCGGUUCUCCCCCAGCGUCGAGGAUUCUGCGUCCUCCAGGUACCUGGAGAACUUCAGCAAAGGAAGCAGACGAGGAUCUGAUGGAGCCUUCAUAGACCCCAUUGCCACGCACUAUUACAACUGGGGGCAGUUCCAGAAGCCCUUGGAAGAGGAUGAUGAUGCCAAUUCGUACGAGAACGUGCUCAUCUGCAAGCGGAAGGACACUGAGUCAGGGGACGAAGGAUCUGAGGACUAUCAGAACUCAGCUUCCAUCCGGCAGUGGCGGGAGUCCAGGAGGGUGGUGGAGCAAGGCCUGAGGGAGGCGUCCCCGUCGCCGGCAGGAAGCCCGGACGAGGAGCCCGAUUACGUGAACGAGAGCGUGGCAGCCACAGAAGCCUAGCGAGGGCCUGGAAGGAGCCGAGGGGACCACCGAGCUCAGAGGACUAUUUACUGCCUCCCCAAAGGUCACUUCUCUGACUUGCUCAACCGCUAGACCCCCCACGGUUGCUUCUGGGAGACGCGCUGACACGUCUGAGGACCAUCCACCAGGCCGCGGGGGACCGGUGGGGAAAGGACAGUUACAGGUGGAAUCACCCCCUACCCCCCAACCCGGCUCCCACGGGAGCCCAGAGCCCCUGCCGCGACCGGAUGUCAAGAUUCAGGGCAAGUUGCAUCCCUGUCCCCACGUCUAGAACAUCGUGCAUCACUGGUACUCCUGUGCUUUUUGCUUUGGAUUCAGGUUCCAAAGUGCUAACCAAUGCCGGCUGCUGGGCUCUUCCUCGUGGUCCAUAAGCUUGUACAGUUAAUUUAUAUAGGUGGAGCCGUAUUUAAUAAUCCACAUCUCCGGGCAGAGAUCCGAUCUGUCUCGCCUCCUAGAAGCAUUACACGUAAUUUCAGCAGAGUUAGGGGAGCCCCGGCGCUGCUUUCUUUGGGCCUCGGUUCACUUGGAAGAAGUAAGGCUGCAGGGAACUUCGCACAGCCCGUGGGGACGUCUGCUGUGGACAGAGUGCGUCACGUUUCCGAAGGAGCGGAGCCGCGCGGCCGAGCUGACUGGGCAGAAAUACAGCUGUCUCACGGGAAGGGCAGGGGCCCAAAGGGACCUUCUGAGUCAGAAAAGCCACAGCCAGAGAAACGAGAUGCUUCCUUCAACUGAAACAUCCCAAUAGACCAUUUUCAUUUAAAAGUA